AUGGCCCAGCUGCUCCGAUCUGAGCUCGACUUCCCGCCAGAUGACAUCAUCUUUGACUGCCUCAUCACGCUGUUGGGUUCCCAUGGCAUCAGAGCUUCCCCCAAGGACUUCAUCGAUGCUGUGGCAGAGGUGAGGCGGACUUGCCCGGGUGUGAGCUGUGUCGCCGGUGACGUGGGGAAAGCGCUAGCCAGCUUGGUCGCAAGCUGCAGGCCUGUGGGCCGACGGCCUGGAGGACAGUGGCCAGCCGCACAGCGGUGCAUGCUGCGGAUGCAAGGGAGCCGACCCGAAGCAUGUGCACGUGGUCAUGAACCAUGCGGUAGACGCCAGCAUCUCUCCAGGCCCUGCUACUUGCAGCCAGUGCUGGAAGGGAAGGUGUGA